AUGACUUCAAACGAUAGAAUUAUUUUAAAUGUCGGUGGUAUAAAGUAUGAAACAAAAAAAUCGACCAUUGCUAAAUAUCCUAACACACGUCUUGGGGAAAUAUUUAAUGGAAAUCAUAAAUCAUGUUUGACAAAUAAGAAUGAAUAUUUUAUCGAUCGUAAUGGUUAUGCGUUCCGUUACGUAUUAGAAUAUUAUCGUACAGGUCAAAUUUUGUGGACGACUUCAAAUGAACCGGGAGGAUGUUGUAAUGGGGUUAGUCGUAAAGAGAUGAUUUUGGAAUUUGAAUAUUAUCAAAUUCCAAAUAAUCUAAAGCAAGAACAAGAACAAGAUGAUAAAGAAUAUGAUUUAAAUGUAGUCAGAGAUUUAAUUAUUAAAGAAAUGUCAAAUGCAACCUUUUCUUCCGUGACUCCUUUGACUAAUACGAGACCAUCAACCAUCGAUACUACUCAGACUUAUGUACCUAACAAUGAUGGUAAUAAUGAAUUGAUCAGAUUGAAUAGGUGGACGACAUUCGAAGAACAUGGUCAAAUUGUGGAUUCAUUUAUAAUUGCUUUAAAACAUGUGAUUUAUGAAAUACAUCGUAAUUUUAGAAGACAAGUUAAUUUCUUUUUUCAUUAUAGGCUACCUGUAAAUGAAAAUCAAAGUCAUAAUACUUGUUCUUCGAUUUACGUUGAUUUAGAUCUUGAUAGCAUAAGAGAAAUUAUGAAACCAUUUCGAAUAAGCGGAUAUAGAUUAUUGGAAUUGUAUGGGAGCGAUAUUGAAAAAAAAUUGAAAGGAGAUUUUGAGGAUACUAUUACAUUUGAAAUCC